UUCCAUAGAUAUCAUAUCUCUAUAUGAUAUCUAUGGGUGCUUCCAGCUCCUGCCUCUUUGCUGCCCCCUUCUGGAUUUCUUUUGACGCUGCUGCUGUUUUCUCCACACUAACCGUCCAUUCACUGCUGAAUGGUCCAGAGUCCACAUGAGUUUGGAUCAAAUCCUGACCCGUUUCCAGACUGAUCUGAUCUGAUCUCCUCAUCCUUCUCCUUCACUGAUCAUAACAGGAAUAGCAUCUGUUGAUUGGAGAGUCUUCCCGCCCUCCAUGACUGCCUUGUUGUUCACACCGUGGUACAUUUGCUUACUGGGUCCCACAUCCUGCCCAUGAAUUUGCAUGACUUUAUGUUACUCUGUGAACGCAGCUACUCAAACCAGUUAUAAGGACCGGAACAUUUGGAAUGAACGUGAAGACUCGGUAAAGACAGGCGGAGGAAGCUGAAGGUCCAGACAUGGCUCUUUGUUUGAUCCACAACGCUGACGUGAUGAGCGACCUGCUGACCAUCAGGGAGAAAGGAGUCCUCGUCUCGCUUCUCAGCCCCCACUGUCAGCUGCUUAAAUCAACGGUGGCUCAGGUGCUGCAGACCAGCUCAGCUCCAGGAGAAACACAAGCCUGGGAGUGUUUUAGCAGCGGCGUUCUGUGUCUGGUUAAAGAUAAAUCUGCGUCCUCGUACUUCCUGCAUCUCUACUGUGUUAAGAAAAAGGAGUUACUGUGGGAGCAGGAACUGCGUGUUACCUCGGAGUACACAGUAUCACGUCCUUACUUCCACACCCUUCUAGCAGGAGUUCAGCAGUUUGGACUCAACUUUGCAAAUGAUGACGAAGCUGAAGAAUUUCAUUUUGCUGUGAUGGAUGUUCAUGAAAGGAGGACCAACCAGAGUUGUCCCGACCACAACAGGCUGGAUUGGUUGGGCAGAUUUAGCGGGCCGGUUCCUGGUCUGGGUUACAUGACGACAGCACCAAACGCUCAGCCCAAUUCAGAAUAUCAACCAGAAGCGGAUCUGAACUGGAGGACAGAUUUUCCAGUGGAAGCUCAGCCCAGAACGGCUCAUGAAGACACCAGAACUGUCGGUUCCCUCUUCGUGGAUUUGGAUCCUGCUAUAGAAAGGGUGUUGGCGCGGGCGGGGCUCAGAAAGGACGAUCUGAAAGACAAAGACGUGUCAGAAGCUGCUGACCUCAUAAUCAGCCGUUUUGGAGGAGUCAAGGCUGUGCAGCAGGAGCUGAAAAAGGCCGCCUCGCAGACACUUCCAAGAGCUGCAGGGGGGUUUGGCUCCUAAACUCAGCAGGAUUGACCACACCUCUCGCCAGGCGUGCCAGGUGGACUCAUCUUCAGCAAAGCAGAGAGGAAGAAAAAUCCAGAAAAGAUCCGGAUUCUGAUGGCGGGCCGCUUUAAGAGUCUUCAGCUGAGGAGAGAUGCUCAACAUUCGGCGGAUUCACUUGAUUUUUUAACCAUUGUUUUUGGUUGGGUGAUUCUGUUGUGUAUGCACAUUUCUAGAUAUGUCUAUUUAUAUUCUAAAGUUUUUUGUGUCAGGAUGCAACAAUCAAAUCAAACUCUAAAUUUCUAGAACAAAAAUGUAUUUAUUGACAAAAUUAUACCUAAGAUACAGCUGUCUUUUAUUGUGUUACAUAAAAUGUUGUUUCUUUCACGUCUGUGUCCAGUGGGGGACUUGUCACCCAGUUUUACUUUCUUCUUCAUGGGUUUCUCAUUCAUAUGUUGGCGCUCACCUUCCCUCUUCAUUCAUUGUCUGCUGGAAUAGGUGGAUGUCGGGUUACGAACUCAAUCAAUAGUGGUUUUAUAUUCGUUUGGCUCAAUAUUCUGGUAUUAUUUGAGUUCCAUUAUAAAAAAGUAUAUAGAUUCUUACACUGGGGGUGAAAAACGAGAAAAUUAUUAAGAUGUUAAGGUUAUAUUUGAAUGUAAAGAUAAACUAAUUUUAGUCUCCACCUGUUGUCCUCAUGCAGGAUCUCAAACAGGUUUCUAACAGUUUUAUCCUCUUUUGCUUUCAAAAAGUUCCCAGAUCCAUAAUAAAUGGAGGUCUCUUCAA